UGGACCUCGGAUGGCUGGGACUUGAUAGGUACCUCAUCUCUGUGGUAACUAUAACUGGUAAGAAAAUUUUAUUAAAUUGUCAAUGUCAAAUAUCAAUUUAGAAGGUUAAAUAAAAAACGUGGUCCUUCCGGAAUAAUUCUAUUGCAACGCAUAAUUUUCCAAUUGUUCUUAUUGAGCAUAACGUUUCUGCUGUUCGUUGAAACACUACCAUAUUGAUGGAUAUGGAUUGGAAUCUUGAAUACGGCGAACUUGCCAAGGACACCGAAUUCGUAAACAAAUAUGAGAGCCUCAAACAGAAUUUAAUUGAGCUAGAACAUGUUUUGGAGAAACUACUGCCACUUAGGGCACAAUACGAUAAGAUGUGCCUUCCGGCGCAGAUUGAAUUGGACUUGUUCCUGGCUUUUACGUUGAAUUCCCUGCAUUGGGUACAAUUGCGCGUAGAGGGCGUAGAUCCUACUACGCACCCCAUAAAAGACGAACUCCAAAGAAUCAAAACAGUUAUGGUGAAAUGGCAGGAAGUGAAAGACAAAGAGAAGAGACCCACGGUCGACCUGGAAGCUGCUAAACGAUUUGUCAGGAGCGGGCUAUACGACCCAUACCGAGCUAUAGGCCAAUCAGCUAACAAGAAAAUCAAAUUUAAUGAUGAAGACAUGGACGAAUAAGAAUUGACUUCAAUAUUAUUUUAAACACCCCUUUUAAGACUGAAUUAACUAAAUAUCCUUUUUUGUUAUCCUUGAAUCUGUCUACAAUCAUGUUUAUUGUUGGUUCCCAUUAUUAUAGAUGUAACUUAUGCAUGAAUUAUUUUAUAAGAUAACAUUACAACAUAUAACUUAUAUGCAAUCUAAUAUUCUCUAAAGUGAAUGUACUAGAAAUCUAGAAAAAAAAAGAAAAAAAAAAGCAUAUAAAAAUACAUUUAGAUUAUUAUUACUACUAAUAUAGGAGCUAUUUUUCAUGUACCAUUAUGUUUAACUUUGUUUUGAUUUGUUUUGCCUCUGGAUAAAUUGCCUUGAUAUGUUUGAUGUAAGAAAAAAAAAAAAUUAUAUUUUUUCAAUAUGGCUGUAAUAUUUGCAUAUUACAUGAAAUUGCUUGUAAAUAUAUUUUUUGUAAAUCAUUAGUAAUAUAGUAUUGAUAAACUAUGUGGAAGGAGAUGAAUUAGGUAUAAAAAUGCUGAGCUGUGUGCGCAAUGCGAAUUCUGUUAUGUAAUUCUUUUGAUUUCACAAAAGUGUUACAAUUAAUUUACCAAAUAUGCAACAAGCACUGCACAUCUUUUAUGUGUAGAACUAUGAUGUACGAAAUAAACUGGCAUUUAAAUAUUUUUUGAGAUAGACGAAAAAGUACAUUGUAUCUAUUGGAGGACUAAAUCACACUAGGCUAUAUGGUUUAUAAGGAUAAGGCUUCUAAGUGGCAACAAUGACGCCACAUAGUUCAUUAAUACUCUCCUAGUUGAUAAAUAUCACAUAGACAUAAGAAAUAUAUAAUCUUGCUAUAAAAGUUAGCGACUAGAUAUAUUUCAUUACAAUUAUUUACUUAUCAAUAACCAUCAUAUUAUUGUGUAAUUUAGUCAUAACUUGUAGUGU